AUGGAGAUUGAUGAUGAUAUGCAGUUGUUCUUCAUCAGUUUCUUCUUCCCCCUUGGGAUUUUGACCUGUUGCGUUUCCCUUGAUCUGUAUAGUUUAGAAUGUGAUGAGCUUCUCUCUGAUUCCUUCCCCUACAAGGAGAUAGAAAAUGGAGCGUUGUGGGAAGUACAAGGAAAGUGGGUUGUACAAGGGGCAGUCCAGGUUGAUAUUGGAGCUAAUCCUUCUGCUGAAGGCGGCGACGAAGAUGAAGGUGUGGAUGAUCAAGCUGUUAAGGUUGUCGAUAUUGUUGAUACUUUUAGGCUUCAGGAACAACCCCCUUUCGACAAGAAGCAAUUCAUCGCGUUCAUUAAGAAAUAUAUCAAGAAUCUGACCCCUAAGUUAGAGGCCGAGAAGCAAGAGUCUUUCAAGAAAAACAUCGAAGGAGCAACCAAGUUCCUCCUCUCAAAGCUCAGCGACCUUCAAUUCUUUGUUGGCGAGAGCAUGCACGACGAUGCCUCAAUGGUGUUUGCAUACUACAAGGAAGGAGCUACUGAUCCAACUUUUCUUUACCUUGCGCAUGGCCUUAAGGAAGUCAAAUGUUAA